UAGCAAAGAUAAUUAGUAUUUAGCAGAAGGUUACCGGUUACUUAACCACAACGUACUUUAUUUGACAAAACAUUUGCGAGCUUUCUGGUGUUCAGUGAGAUUUGUGCAAGAUUUUUUUUGUUUAAAUAAACAUGUUAAAAGUUCGUGACAUUGAAAAUUUAUUGCAAAAUAUUCCCAACGGGUAUCUAAAGCCAGAUGAUAAUUUGUUUGCAAAAACCAAUGCCGCCAUCAUAUUGCCGUAUAAAAAACUGGGGGCAAUAAACAGUGUCGACAUAGACAAGAAGCUGGAUGAACCCGAUAAAAACCAACAGAAUUCUUCCGAAAUAUUUUGCAAUGUUUUUAAUUGUAAAAUGGUUUUCGAUAAUACUGCCUCCUACACCUUGCACUACAACAGUAUGCACCGAUUCAUUUGCCAGGAAUGUAAAAAAUCCCUACCAACAGAACACUUGUUGGAUUUACACUUAUCGGAAAUACAUGAUUCCUAUUUUAAGGCGCGUCUGGACAGAGGUGAAAAGCUAUAUAAAUGUUAUGUAGAGGAGUGCAAGGAAAUAUUUGCCAAUGCCAUCGAGAGAAAGAAACACUGCAUUGAAGAGCACAAAUUUCCGGCUAAUUUUAGAUUUGGACAGGUUGUACCAACAAAGCACAACAAGGAAGAAUCGAAAAAUAAUUGCGGAAGUACCGGCAUGGAACUGGAGACACAUACGGAUACAGAGUCAGUUGCAACAACAAACGAGACUUCAAUAAAAAACUUUUCCUUUGGUCAUCAAAGAGAGAAAACGUUUCAGCUGAAACCCGAACCGAAAACCAAAAGCGGACAGGGCAAGGGUCUGGAGAGUUUUAGUUUAUUGAAAGAUGCUUUAGAUAUGGAUGUAUCUAAGUAGUGAAAUCAGAAUUGCCUGCCGUCUUAAACAUUUAGAAGAAAAUGAAUUGUUUUAUUGGAAUUAUUUAUUAAAUAUUGGAAUACAUAGAAAACAUGUUUUUAAAGGAGUUGUAAAUAGGUUGCAUUACGUUAUAAGGCCCAAGAGCACUGAGCGCUUCCAGCUCAUUUGUUUUUGGAAAUGGAUCUGAAAAGAGAAUACAUAUGAAAAGUUAUUAUUGGUUA